AUGAGCAAAGGUAGCAAAGGCAAAAGCAAAGAUAAAUUUGGGACCUCUGGCAAAGCUGGGCAUGGAUCCAACAAUAAGCAUGUUGAAACAAAACAUGGUGGCAAUAGGAGUGGAAAGAACUUCCCAGUUAAACUUGCAAUGUGGGAUUUUGAACAGUGCGAUCCAAAGAAAUGCAGCGGCAAAAAACUAGAAAGACUUGGGGUCAUCAAAUCGUUACGUGUAGGUCAAAAAUUCCAAGGCAUCGUGGUAUCUCCCAACGGAAAAGGUGUGGUGUGCCCCAAUGAUCUACAAAUUGUGGAAGAGAACGGGGCAGCAGUCGUCGAGUGUUCAUGGGCGCGACUUGAUGAGGUUCCUUUUAAUAAGAUCGGCGGCAAGCACGAAAGGUUACUACCGUACCUGGUGGCUGCUAACCAGGUAAAUUACGGGCGUCCUUGGAGGCUGAACUGUGUCGAAGCGCUGGCAGCAUGUUUUGCAAUUGUGGGCCGUGUGGACCUUGCCACGGAGCUGUUGUCGCACUUUUCAUGGGGGUUGGUGUUUUUAGACAUCAACAAAGAGUUACUUGAAGUGUAUCAGAAAUGCACAGACUCGGAAUCGGUCAAAGAAGCUGAAAACGCAUGGCUUGAUAAGAUUGAAAAGGAAGCCCAAGAGCGCAAGAACCACAGUGACGGCGAUGACUUAUGGCUGACUGGAAACGUGAACAGGAAGGCUCAAGAUAUCGAAACUGACAGCGAGGACGAAACUGAAGAGGAAGACGGGGAAGAAGUAGAAGAAGAAGAAGAAGAAGAAGAAGGGGGAGACGAAGAGGCACAGCUUUCUGAUGUGGAAAGUCACGAAGCGAUUAAAUACGAUAGUCUUGGCAACGUCAUAGAACCCGAUUACGACGACGAUAAACUGGGUGACGCUCAGAAAAAUGCCGGCAAACAGGAUUCACGAGAUAUCAAUCGUUACGACUCAUUAGGUAACAUCAUCGACACCGCCGAUCAAAUGGGAACUAUUGACAUUAGAGUUGGCAAGCUUUCCAUUACCUAG